AUGGCAUAGUAGAAAGGGAAGAAUAAAAUAAAUCACAGAUAGCGGUAGGGAGACUGGAUUUGUGAUAGCUGCAAUAAUAUGAAUUUUGCAUUUAGAGAUACAUGCAAUAGAUGUCAUAAUUAGAAGAAUUAUAAAGAGAAUGAAAAUAAGGGAUUCAAAUCCGCUCUAUUCUUGACAGAGAGCAAUGGUGAUAUUCCACCAAUAUCUGAUAGAUCUAAUAAAUCUUCUGGAGAUAAAAAAGAUAAUGGUAAUAAUAAGUUCUCAUUUGAUAAAUUACCAUCUAUGGAACCGAUCUUGAAAUAGAUUACAAAAGAAACAUAAGAAUAAAAAAAAUAUGAUUUAUUUGAGUUUGAAUGGCAGUGCCAAAAAUGUGAAAGAAUUAAUUAAUACUAUAAAAUUCACUGUGCUGAAUGUGGUGCUUAAAGGUACAGAAAAUUAACAGUUUGA